AUGAAAUCGGGAGAUGGAGGUGUGGAUAUGAUUGUCUUUCAUGAAGAUUGUACAAUAUUCAUCCAAUGUAAAAACCAUACAGGAAAUAUCGGUCGGGGGCCAGUACAGGCACUAGGUGGAUGGCUCUCUAGAUUAUUUCUGUGUUGCUGGUCUAUUGUGGUGGCCCACAGAAAUAAUGAGAAGGAAGAAAAAUUUGAUGAUGCGGCCGUAAUAGUAAAAGAAGCAGAAACUUGCCGUAAUUCAAUAAGACUAUCGUACGCAAGUACGAUAGUUGAGGACAUCGAAAAUUUAGUAUCUACAGCUUUAGCUAUAAAAGAGAAACCGGUGCACUGGAGAUUUGGAGAGGAAAC